GUCGCCAUUUUGCUUUUAUUCGUGAUCUGUCAAAACCUGAAGUUCAAUAUUUGUUGCUAUAGUGUGUUUACGUUUUACGAUCCUGUAAAAUAAAAUAGGAAUUGUUUUGUGAAAAGUAAGAAAUACAAAAUGAAUGAAGAGCGCUUGCACAUUGACUGGGGUAAUGAUAAACUCUAUAGAACACAAAAACAAGUUGAGAAAAAUCCUUACGACUUGGAAGCAUGGUCAAUCCUGUUGAGAGAGGCACAAAUAAAACACAUUUCUGAAGUUCGAGCACUUUAUGAACAUCUAAUCACUAUUUUUCCCAGUGCUUCUAGAUACUGGAAAAUUUAUAUAGAACAUGAGAUAAAAUCUAGAAAUUUUGAGAGGGUCGAGAAGCUUUUUCAAAGAUGUUUAAUGAAGAUAUUAAAUAUAGAAUUGUGGAAAUUAUAUCUAACUUAUGUUAAAGAAACGAAAGCUUCUUUGCCAACCUACAAAGAAAAAAUGGCUCAAGCAUAUGAUUUUGCUUUAGAUAAAAUAGGAAUGGAUAUUCAUUCCUAUGCUAUAUGGAAUGAUUAUGUUAAUUUUCUAAAAGGUGUGGAAGCUGUAGGCUCAUAUGCAGAAAAUCAAAAAAUAUCUGCUGUUCGGAAAGUGUAUCAAAGGGGUAUAAUUAAUCCAAUGACUGGAAUGGAAACAUUUUGGAAGGAUUAUAUAGCUUUUGAACAGGGUAUAAAUCCAAUAAUUGCUGAAAAAAUGAGCAUAGAAAGAAGUAGAGAUUAUAUGAAUGCUCGAAGAGUAGCUAAAGAGCUUGAAGUUCAAAUCAGGGGCAUUAAUAGAAAUGCUCCCAGCAUUCCACCUUGUGGUACUCCUGAAGAAAGGAAACAAGUUGAAUUGUGGCAAAAAUACAUAGCAUGGGAAAAAAGUAACCCUCUGCGUACAGAAGACACUGCUUUACAUACAAAAAGAGUUAUUUUUGCACUGGAACAAUGUUUGCUUUGUUUAGGACACCAUCCGGAUAUAUGGUAUCAAGCUGCCCAGUUUUUAGAACAUAGCAGUAAAAUUUUAACCGAAAAGGGGGACGUAAAUGCUUCAAAACACUUCAGUGAAGAAGCUGCUAAUGUAUUUGAGAGAGCUACCAGUACUCUAUUAAACAAAAACAUGCUUCUCUAUUUUGCGUAUGCCGACUACGAAGAGGGACGUUUAAAAUAUGAAAAAGUGCAUCAGAUUUAUACUAAAUAUUUAGAGAUUGAGGAUAUUGAUCCCACUCUUGCUUAUAUACAAUACAUGAAGUUUGCAAGAAGGGCAGAAGGUAUCAAGUCUGCUAGAGGAGUAUUUAAGAGAGCUAGAGAAGACCAGAGGGCAAAAUAUCAUAUGUUUGUUUGUGCUGCUCUUAUGGAAUAUUAUUGCUCAAAAGAUAAAAAUAUAGCUUUUAGAAUUUUUGAGUUAGGUUUGAAAAAGUUUGGAGAUGUUCCUGAAUACAUUACCUGUUAUAUUGACUAUUUGUCCCACUUAAAUGAAGAUAACAACACUAGAGUAUUGUUUGAGAGAGUUUUAUCUUCUGGGAGUCUUGAAAAUGAAAAAUCUGUCGAUAUUUGGAAUAGGUUUUUGGAAUUUGAAUGCAAUAUUGGAGAUUUACAGUCUAUAGUAAAAGUGGAGAGGCGAAGAGCGGAAGUGUUAUCAAAAAUUAAAGAAUUUGAAGGAAAAGAAACAGCACAAUUAGUAGACAGAUACAGAUUUUUGGAUUUGUUUCCUUGUACUCCACAAGAAUUGAAAAGUAUAGGGUAUACUGAAGUAAUAAACGUUACUGGUGCUGGCAAAAAUCAUAUCCUUCAAUCCAUAAUGAACCAGGAUUCUGAGAUGCCUCUGCCCACCCCUGACUACUCUCAGAUGAUCCCAUAUAAACCAAAGAGCAAUCCAUUGCCUGGUGAACAUCCAGUACCAGGAGGAACAUUUCCUAUGCCCCCCACUGCAGCACAUUUAUGCACAUUAUUACCCCCACCUCACUGCUUUAGAGGUCCAUUCGUUCAUAUUGAUAUAAUGAUGGAUAUAUUUAAUAGAAUUCAUUUACCGGAAAAAGUUCCAGCUCCAACCCAGCAUGGGGAUAUUCGUUUAUUUGAUAUAGCCAAAUCAGUACACUGGAUAAUAGAAGAAAAUGGAGGACUGGGCCUUAAAAGGAGGAAAAAGUUGGGAAUAUCAAUGGAGGGAUCAGAUGAUGAAGACAUGCAUUUACCGCCGUCAAAUGAUAUAUAUCGACAGAGACAACAAAAGAAAGUUAGAACAUGAAAAGUAUAUUUAAUGUUUCUUUUAUAAGCCAUUAUUUCCUUAGAGAAAUAUGGCCCUUAUAUAUGUGGCUUUUUAUAGAUUAUUGUAACAAAAGAAUAAUGUUUUUUUAAAUAAAUAUUACAAAUA